CCCUCUGUAAUUCUUCAAUUCUUUUCAAAUGUGGAUCACAACGAUGGUAUUCUUAUAGUAUUUUGGCAAUGAAAUGUGAUUUUAACUGGGAGGAAGUGUAGAGCAGCAGUAUUUUUUAGGAGGUGAGUGUGGAGAUAACUGAAGUAGAAUGGCUGCAUCUAUACCUUUAGAGGGUGAAAGAGUUAUAGGCUUGACAUGGACUGGAAGCCUGCGCUCUGGGAGCACCAGAUUGUUUGAAAGUUCAUCUAGUGUUUUUGGGUCUCAACAUCAACAGAAAGAGGAUGACGAGGAGGCCCUCAAAUGGGCAGCUUUAGAGAAGCUUCCCACAUAUGAUCGCAUAAGAACAUCCAUCUUCAAACAGUUAGAGGGAGAAGAUGAGGUUUUACACCAAAUAGAUGUCAGAAAUAUGGAGCUGGGGACAAGACAGCAACUGCUUGACAGGCUUGUGAAGGCUGCUGAUCAAGACAAUGGACCCUUUUUGCAUAAACUAAGGGAAAGGAUUGAUAGGGUGGGGAUUAAUUUGCCUGAGAUAGAAGUCCGUUUUGAGAACCUCAAUGUGGGUGUUGAUGCAUACAUUGGAAGCAGAGCAUUGCCCACACUUUUCAACUAUACAGCUAAUAUGGCUGAGAGUCUUUUGGAGUCCCUUCGUUUGUGUAGGAGCAAUAAGAAAACCAUGACGAUUCUUAAGGAUGUCAGUGGUAUCAUAAAGCCUGGCAGAAUGACACUGCUUCUGGGUCCGCCCGGUGCUGGAAAGACUACUUUGCUGUUAGCUCUUUCAGGAAAACUGGGCUCAACACUAAGAGUGAGAGGAGAAGUAACUUACAACGGAAGUAAGAUGGAUGAAUUCGUGGCCCAGAGAACUUCUGCUUAUAUUAGUCAGCACGAUCUGCACAUUGCAGAAAUGACUGUGAGAGAGACCCUCGACUUCUCUGCUCGAUGCCAAGGAGUGGGUGAAAGAUACGAUGUGUUAAGUGAACUUUCAAGACGAGAAAAGGAGCUGGGGAUCAAACCAGACCUUGACAUUGAUGUCUUCAUGAAGGCUGCAGCUAUGAAGGGCCAGAGGUCCAGUAUGGUAACAGACUAUGUUUUGAAGAUAUUGGGGUUAGACAUAUGUGGGGAUACGUUGGUGGGAGACAACAUGACAAGAGGGAUAUCUGGAGGUCAAAAGAAAAGAGUGACAACUGGGGAGAUGAUCGUUGGACCUGCAAAGGCAUUUUUCAUGGACGAGAUCUCAACUGGUCUGGACAGCUCUACAACAUUUCAGAUUGUGCAAUGCUUGCGACAGAUUGUUCACGUGUACAACACAACAAUGGUGAUUUCGCUCUUGCAACCUGCUCCUGAAACCUUUGACCUCUUCGACGAUGUCAUCUUACUCUCAGAAGGGCAACUUUUAUACCAGGGCCCCCGAGAGUUGAUAGUAAAAUUCUUCGAGUCCAUGGGUUUUGCUUGCCCUGAGAGAAAAGGAGUUGCAGAUUUCCUGCAAGAGGUGACAUCUAGAAAAGAUCAAGAGCAGUACUGGACUAGAGAAAGCCAGAUAUACCGUUACGUCCCUGUGAAGGAGUUCGCAGAUGCAUUUCAAUCCUUUAAAGUUGGUGUAGAGCUAAACACGCAACUGGCCAUUCCAUAUGAUAAAAGUAAAAGCCAUCCCACAGCUCUUACAACCAAAGAGUAUGGUUUGGGUAACAUGGAGCUUAUUAAGGCCUGUAUUGACAGAGAGAUUUUGCUGAUGAAGAGAAGCUCCUUCAUAUAUAUAUUCAAGCUCUUCCAAAUUACGACCACUGCGUUGAUUACGCUGACGGUUUUCUUCCGCACGGAAAUGCAUGACAGAGACAUAGUCGAUGCGUCAGUUUACUACGGUGCUCUGUUUUAUACAUUGGUUAACAUAAUGUUUAAUGGCUUUGUAGAGCUGUCUAUCACGAUUACUCGGCUUCCUGUGUUCUACAAGCAGAGAGAUUCCAAGCUGUAUCCUGCCUGGGCUUAUUCACUUCCUACAUGGGUUAUGAGAGUCCCUCUGUCACUCAUGGAGUCUUCCAUCUGGGUCAUUCUCACCUACUAUACCAUUGGCUUUGAUCCAAAUCCAAACAGGUUUUUUCGACAGUUUUUUCUCUUAUUCAUCCUCCACCAAAUGUCUCUGUCACUUUUUCGUUUCAUUGCUGCAGUCGGACGAAGUCAGAUUGUGGCAAACACAUUUGGAACAUUUGCACUUUUGAUUGUAUUAGUUCUUGGAGGAUUCAUUGUAUCCAGAGAUGAUAUUAAGCCCUGGUGGAUAUGGGGUUAUUGGGCAUCUCCUCUCAUGUAUGCUCAAAAUGCCAUUGCAGUGGUUGAGUUUCUAGCAAAUCGUUGGCAAAAGGUUAGGAUCGGACCCGGAAACAACAUUGGUACAACAUUGUUGGAAUCUCGCGGAUUGUUUGCUGAAAGCUACUGGUAUUGGAUGGCCAUUGGAGUGCUAGUAGGAUAUGCCAUUAUCUUUAAUUUGCUCUACACCCUGGCAUUGGCGUAUCUAGAUCCUCUUGGGAGACCUCAAGCAUUGAUUCCAGAAGGCGUAGAGGAAAGCCAAGGUGAUAGACAGGCUCCACAAGAAAUGAAAACUAUCUCCUCGGUUGGAAGUAAGAAGGGAAUGGUAUUGCCUUUCCAACCCUUGUCAAUGGCAUUCGAAAAUGUCAGUUACUUCGUCGACAUGCCUGCAGAAAUGAAGCAGCAGGGAGUUACAGAGGAUAGACUCCAGCUACUGCGUGAAGUGAGUGGGUCGUUUCGGCCUGGUGUGCUCACUUGUUUGAUGGGCGUAAGCGGGGCUGGGAAGACAACAUUAAUGGAUGUUCUUGCCGGAAGGAAAACAGGGGGAUACAUUGAAGGGUCCAUCACCAUCUCAGGCUAUCCAAAGCAGCAACAGACUUUUGCUCGCAUUUCUGGUUAUUGUGAGCAAAAUGACAUCCAUUCUCCCUAUGUUACAGUUUACGAGUCCCUCGUCUAUUCUGCUUGGCUUCGUCUUCCAAAGGAGGUUGAUUCUCAAGCAAGAAAGGCAUUCGUGGAUGAAGUGAUGGAGCUGGUUGAGUUAAACAAUCUGAGAGAAUCACUUGUUGGGCUCCCUGGAGUGAACGGUCUCUCCACAGAGCAACGCAAGAGACUGACAAUUGCAGUUGAAUUGGUGGCAAAUCCUUCCAUCAUUUUCAUGGACGAACCAACAUCAGGUUUGGAUGCGAGAGCUGCUGCCAUUGUUAUGAGAACUGUGCGAAACACUGUGGAUACAGGAAGAACUGUUGUCUGCACCAUUCACCAACCUAGCAUUGAUAUUUUUGAAGCUUUUGAUGAGCUUGUGUUGAUGAAGCGUGGUGGGCGUAUGAUAUAUGUGGGACUUCUUGGUCGCCACUCUCAAACUCUCAUUGACUACUUCCAGUCAAUAAAAGGAGUUCCUGACAUCACACCGGGAUACAACCCUGCCACGUGGAUGCUUGAAGUAACCUCCGUGGGUUCAGAAAUGCGUUUGGGAGUAGAUUUUGCAGAUAUAUAUCGAUCUUCAUCCCUAUACAAGCAAAACCAAGAUUUGAUAAAGGAAAUUAGCACACCUGCUCCAGGCUCCCAAGAUUUAUAUUUUGAGUCACAAUUUUCACAGCCUUUUUUAAUCCAAACAGAAGCAUGUCUAUGGAAGCAACACUUGUCCUAUUGGAGAAAUCCACAAUACAACGUCAUCAGAUUCUUCUUCACUCUUGUCUGUGCUUUGUUGUUUGGUACCAUCUUUUGGAAGAUGGGGAGUAAGAUAAAGAAGCAACAAGAUGUGUUGAAUGCAAUGGGAUCAAUGUUUGCAGCAAUUGUGUUCAUUGGAGUAAAUAACGCCUCUUCUAUUCAACCUGUGGUUGAAGUUGAGAGAACCGUUUUCUAUCGAGAAAAAGCAGCAGGAAUGUACUCACCUCUUCCUUAUGCUUUUGCUCAGAUAUUGAUUGAGCUACCUUAUGUAUUUCUCCAAUCAGUGAUGUAUGGGUUGAUAGUGUAUGCAAUGAUCGAUUUCAAUUGGAUCACAGCCAAAUUUUUUUGGUUCUUCUUUUUCAUGUUUUUCACCUUCUUGUACCACACAUAUUACGGGAUGAUGACUGUAGCUAUCACUCCAAAUGCCACCACUGCUGCAAUUGUCUCAUCUGCCUUCUAUGGCAUUUGGAUGCUUUUCUCUGGUUUUUUAAUCACUCGCCCUAAAAUCCCAAUGUGGUGGAGGUGGUACUAUUGGGCAUGCCCCUAUGCAUGGACUUUGUAUGGCCUGAUCACAUCUCAAUAUGGAGACAUCACUAAUCUCAUGACCAAAGCUGGAAGUGAGGAACAGGAGCCAUUGCACCAAUUCUUAGAGAGCUACUUUGGAUUUAAGCAUGACUUUUUGGGACCUGUUGCAGUUGUUAUUGUGGGUUUUGUGCUUCUCUUUGCAUUCAUCUUUGCUUGGGCCAUCCGAAGUAACAAUUUUCAAUCUCGAUGACCUUUCACAACCCAUCCCAAUCCCUUCCCACAUGCCAAAAGUAUACUAAAACAAAACAAAACAAAAUUGUACUUCUUCAUAUUUGAGCAUUGCAUUCCAUCCAAAACACUACUAGAGGAAUUCUUUAUUUAAAGAUACAAAGUUUAUUUCUUACCAAAAGGAAAGUAAGAAAGUACGUAUUAUUAUCA